AUGCUCUCAAACAGCCCAGAUCACCCUUCUGCUGCCUCACCACCGCAGUCCUCCUCCGUGAGCUCUUGCUAUACCUCCUCAUCGUCACAAGCUUCCUUUCGAGCCCGCCCCACCUUGUCCGACCCUUCAUCCAGCUCCACCAGUCCCGCGAGCGCCUACGAUCGAGCACCCGAGCACACACAAGGGUCCGCCUUGACCAAGCGACCCUCCCACUCUAUUUUGCUUUCCGGCAAUACACCUUCGAGUGCUAUUCAUACCCACGUAGACGGUCGAUUGUACGAGCCAUUUACUAGCUCUUAUCAGCCAAUCUCAUCCGCAUCCGCAUCGCAGAGUGCACAACGAAACAGUUCUGCGUACUUGACCGCGAUGGAGCCGCCUUCGAGCACCGCCUACGGCACAGCCGACUCUCGUCAUGCUGGGCCGUCGAGCAACAUCAUUUCCGACUACCCUUCAUACAGCUCAAGAAACUUUCAGUCCGCUGAAAGCCCGGACAACAGUCGUGGUCCCGCACCCAAAACUCGCCGCACCAGCCCUGGUGGGUCCCGUGCUUCCGGCAACCUCGAUCCGUCGUAUACCUCCGCACAGUACAAUAAUAACGCCAGCUCGCAUUCUUUCUCCCACAGCUCUAGAUCUCCCCGACAGAGCACCUGCAUGCAUCCAACGACACACACGUCGACGAGUCCUUCAACGACGCACAAGGCAGGAUCGCAUCAGUCAACUGGAGGAUGGCCUGCUGCGGGCGCUUCUAGCCAGACAGGAAUCGUCAGACCCGAAGAUCGUUCUACGGGUUUCAGCAGUCAGUGGCAUGGCUCUGAUGCGAUGCCACAGUAUAGCACACAGGAAUCUACGUCAGCAAUGCCCUCGCCACGGACGCGGACAGAGGAAGGUCAUGCUACUUCAGCGGGUCCGGCAUCCAUCUCCGGCACACGAGCCUCUGCUCUAGCGUCUCCUCAGGUCUCCUCCAGCUCCUUGACCGAGCGUAACGAUAGGGCAAACAGAAGCAAGCCGCCACCGCUGCCCAAGAUGAAUCUUGCCACCUUUGCGUCCCAGGAGCUGCUCAAAAUCCUUGCAACAUUGCUGCACGAGAUCGCCACGGCUAACGACGAGUUUCAACCGGACGGCAGCAAGGACGACUUGUCCCGAAGCAAGAGAGCUGCGCGCAGUCGAGAUCGCCCAACACCAGCUACACCUGCAGACGGUGGCCAAGCAGUUGAUGCGUUGUCCAUGCACAACUGUGCAGCUCCUCCCGGCUCGCAUCUCUCGUUCAGCGACGCUCGACGCCCAUCGGUGACCACGGCAGCUUUGGGAGCGCUUGCGACUCCCUCGAGCACCUUGUGCUUCCAUGCUCGCAACGUACCAAGCAUCAGCAUCGAGUCGUACUUGCUACGAAUCCUCAAAUACUGCCCCGCCACCAAUGAGGUAUUUUUGAGCCUGCUCGUAUACUUUGAUCGCAUGAGCAGGAUGGGAACAGGCGCCAAGUUUGGUGCCAACGGUGACGGUGAGGUCGCAGGCGAGGCAGCCGGCCUUCCUCGUGCCGUCGAACGUGCUACAGGUCAAUCCGAUUUGGGCAUCGAUGCUUCAGCAAGGCAGUCCGACGGCAGCGCAUCAUCCAUGUCUACGAGGGAAGCACAGCCGUACACCCAUCCUGGUAUCCGCGGCUUUGCCAUUGAUAGCUACAAUGUGCAUCGUUUAAUGAUCGCCGGAGUGACGGUGGCGAGCAAGUUCUUCAGCGAUGUCUUUUAUACUAACAGCCGUUACGCCAAAGUGGGUGGUCUACCGCCGCAUGAACUGAACCAGCUCGAGCUGCAAUUCUUGCUCCUCAACGAUUUCCGCCUCACCAUCCCGCUUGAAGAGAUGCAACGAUACGCGGAUCAAUUGCUGAUGUAUGCGAGCGGAAGACAGGAUAUGGUCAAGAUGACCAAGGAAAUCAACGCUUGCCCUCCUGUCGCCGAGCGUGCUGCAGCAAGUAACAACAAGGACGAAGCAACAGGGACAGCAAAGUCAAAAAGCGCUUCAGACGCAACAGCAAUGCACAGCACGACCGAGAACAGAUCAACACACGGUGCAGUCGCUAGCCAGACCGUAGUUGAUAGUCAAGACGACGUGCAGAUGUCGGAUGCUCAGAGAUAA